AUGGUGUACGAUUCGUUGGCCGAGGCUCCUCGCAACCUCAAAGAGUGCAUUGACUGGUUGAUCGCCCUGAAGGGAGUUGAUCCUGAGAACAACUUGUUACCAGUCGGUGCUGCACUCUACGACUUGCUCGCAGACAUGCCCGUUGGCUUCACGGAGGUGCCAGCUCUCGAGAAGGUUAAACUGGUUUCUAAGAAGUUCCUGGAGAAACCGGAGCUUAAGGACCAACCAUUAGUGAAAGGCCUGCUGGAUAGGUUCGCAAAUCCUAUGAGUAAAACGGGCUCAUUCGCUAGGCGCGGUAAAACCUUAAUCCAAAGCGAAUAUGAGAACGUCAUACAAACCAGAGAUGCCAAGCCUGAAACUAUCGCAAAAAACCUAGGUAAAGUUGUGUACGCUUGUGAGGGGUUCUUGCGAAGUAUAAAAGUCUCUGGGCAGUAUACGUCUGCUUACAGCUCAGAAGCGACGUGGGAGGCAUCAUGCGCAAAGGACCCGGAAGCUUGCGCAGUGGUCCUCGUGGGGAUUGCGCCAAUGUUGUACACUGGCCUGCAUGCUUUGCGCAUUGCGAGUAAGGCUGCAACCAAUAAAUUCUUGUUCGACGCCAAGCAUGGUUUGGGAGAUGUGGUGAAAGCCGUAGGUUACGAAGAGCCAGGCUGCCGUGCAAGCAUGAGCGGUUCGGAUGUGCUGAAGGCGCUGGAAGGGGUCGAUAAACGAGUAUUGGAGACAAUAUACGACCUCGCUGGAUUCUGGGCUUUCUAUUAA